UCCCCCGCCGGGAGCUCGGGCCUCAGCCGGUCCCGCCGCGCCGGCCCAGAGCCGCGAGCGCUCCACUGCCUGCGCCUACCGGCUCUGCGCGGGCGCCGGGCACAGGCGGGGAGCGGGGGAACCGCCGCGGGAGCGCGCCGGGGGGAGGCGGAGACGGGGAACGGCCGCCGCGAGCGAGUCGAGCCCCGCCUCGCCCGCCCACUCCCCACUCCCCACUCCCCGCCCGGCGGGACCGUUUCGGCCGCCUUUCCCCCCGCUCCGCGUGCGCGCGCGCCGCUCCCGCGCCGGCCGGGCCGCAUGAGCGGCAUGAGCGGCUCCGCCUGAGCGCCGCGCGCGCCGCCACCUCCCCGCUGCCGCCGGGUCCCGGCGGGCGUCGCGUCCCCCCCGCGCCGCCGCCGAGGAUGCUGAAGAUGAAGCUGCCCCUGAAGCAGACGAGCCACAAGACAGCGGCGGCGGAAGAUGCGACGGCGGCGGGGUUGAAGGAGCCCGGGGGUGCCCUGGACUGUCACCUCCCGUUGCAGCAGCAGGUGCCCCGGGCCCGCGGGGGCGCCUCCGCGGCGGUGGGGAGGGGUUGUGGGCUGGAGAGGCCGAGCCGGCUGCACGGCCUGGGGCCGGGGCCUGGGCCCGGCCCGCCGCCCCCCCCCGCCUCGCUGGGCGCUCCGGGCGGCGGCGGUCCCGGCUCGGCGGCCGCCCGCACCGACAAGGAGACGGUGUACGAGUGGUUCGGGCUGGUGCUGGGCUCGGCGCAGCGCCUGGAGUUCAUGGUGGGGCUGCUGGACCUGUGCAACCCGCUGGAGCUGCGAUUCCUGGGCUCCUGCCUGGAGGACCUGGCCCGCAAGGACUACCACUGCCUCCGCGACUCGGAGGCCAAGGCCAACGGGCUCAGCGACCCCGGGCAGCUCGGCGACUUUCGCGACCCCGCCGUGCGCUCCAAGCUCAUCGUCUACCUGGCCCUGCUGGGCUCGGAGAACCGCGAGGCCGCCGGCCGCCUGCACCGCCUCCUGCCCCAGGUGGACUCCAUCCUGCAGAGCUGCCCGGCGGCGCGGCGGGCCCCGGCCGAAGAGGAGGAAGAGGAGGAGGAGGAAGAGGGGGACGUGGUGGUGGUGAUGGACGGAGCCGCCGAGAACGGGCAGGCCGGGCUCCCCGCCGCCCAGGGCCUGGGUUGCGGCGCGCAGGAGGAGCUGCUCCUGCUCUUCACCAUGGCCUCGCUGCACCCGGCCUUCUCCUUCCACCAGCGGGUCACCCUGCGGGAACACCUGGAGCGGCUGCGGAGGGCCCUGUGCGGGGACCAGGAGGAGGAGGAGGAGGGCUUCGGCCGCCACCCAGCCCAGAAUGACUUUUCCCAUGGUGACUGCAUGUCAAGUAAUGAGACCAGUUUGCUAGAACGAACCGCAGCACCUCAUGAUGGACUUCCAAUGGCUUCCCACAGACCUCAGCGAGAAGGCCAGCGUAGUGGCAAAAGUGGGAAGCCCAUCUCGGCUACAGAAGGGUUUUUAUAUGGAGUAUUUCCUGAACAAUGCUGUGUGCCCUCAACAAAGUCUUCAGGCCCUGAAAGCGCUGUACACAUUGAGAAGAUAACCCUGAAAGACGUAUCAAGAAAAAGGGCUGACAAACAUUUGGAGUACACAUUCAAAGUAACCUGGUCUGAUUUUUCUGUAACAUGUGUAACAAAAACACAUCAGGAGCUUCAGGAAUUCCUGCUAAAACUCCCAAAGGAACUGUCUUCUGAAGCAUUUGACAAGGCUAUUUUAAGAGCACUAAAUCAGGGUUUUCAGAAGAGGGAAGAACGAAGGCAUGCUGAUCUUGAGCCCGUAAUCAGGCAGCUAUUUUCAAAUACAUCGCAAGCUUUUCUGCAGAAUCAGAGAGUAUACAACUUCUUCCAAUCAAUUUCAUCAGAAUCUUUGCACACUCACAGUAACUUACAACCCUCUUUGAAGACGGUUAAGACAGCAGAACACUUCAAGGAGGACAGUUCAGAAGCUUCAAGUCAGGAGGAAGAUGUAAUGCAGCACACAGCAGUUCACAAGAAACAUAAUGGAAAAAGUCCUGUUGCCAACAGCACUAGCAGUGCAAAAUGUUCUUCACUGGAUAGCCUUAAUAUUCAGCACUCGGAGCAGAAUGGGGUAAUGGACUGGAGAAGGAAAAGCUGUAUUGUCCAGCAGCACCCAGAGCACUGUACUAACCUACUUGACCAGCACACAGUGGAAAAACGAAGUCUUUCUACAGUAAGCAAGAAGAAAGGAAAGCCACAGCUGGAAAAGGAGAAAGCAAAGAAAACUGACUGCAGGUUGACUAACAGGAGCAAUGGAGUACGAGUUGCAGCAUCGCAGCACAUCCGUACUGGGACAGCAAAAGAUCUGAAUUUGGAUGCUGGAUCUGGUCAUGAUACGUGUGGAGAAACAUCAUCUGAAAGUUACAGCUCUCCUUCUAGUCCACGACAUGAUGGGCGGGAAAGCUUUGAUAGUGAAGAAGAAAAAGACAGAGAUACAGACAGCAAUUCUGAGGACUCUGGGAAUCAAAAUACAACCAGGUUUACAGGCUACAGUGCUGUCAGUUCAUCAAAUAUGAACAAAUCAUCUGCUCAGAUCUCUUCGGUGAAUAAUGAAAAUGGGAGCCUUUCAGAAGAUCCUUUGAAUGCAAAGUUUCAGCAUAUUUCCUUCAUGCCUGCCUUACACUGUGUGAUGCACAGCGCUGCCCAAAAGCCUGAAGCAGUUGUCCCACCACCAAUAUCUGCAGAUGGUAAAACCAUGGGAAUGCUGGUUACCACACCUGUCGCUGUCUCGCCGGUGAGAGAGGCUGCGAACUCCCCUCCUGUGGGAAUGGGCCCAGUGACCUCUGGUGAACCUGAGAAACGCCUUGAGCUCAUGGCUUCCCCUUUGCCAGUCCCAUCGUCUUUCCUUCCACAUUCUGUCCAGCCUGGUAGCCCUGCUUUGCAUUUGGCAAUACAUAGGUUGAAAAUCCCCUCUCCACAGGGAUCAUCAGAAAGUUGCACAGUUAACGGACCACAGCAGCCGACAGGAAACUUAAGUAUUGGAUCACCAAAUACUGCCUUUAUCCCAGUCCACAAUCCAGGUAGUUUCCCAGGAUCCCCAGUUCCUACUACAGAUCCCAUCACAAAACCUGCAUCCCAAGUGGUAGGACUGAAUCAAAUGGUGCCUCACAUUGAGGGAAACCCAGGAGCAAUCCCUCAGCCUACCAAUCUCAAGGUAGUUCUUCCAGCAGCUGGUCUCUCCACAGCAGCACCGCCACCUCCACCAGCUUCGUACGCUUUGCCAGGCAGCCCUCACGCUACCAGCGUGUUGCCCAACCAGAAUACAAAUGUGCUGAGCACUGGAGCAACUUCCUCACCACCUCAGUCCGCUGGCCUCGGUGUUGGUCAGGUCCAGUCCACUGUUCCUCCUGCAAUCCCGACACACACGCCAGGCCCUGCCCCCAGCCCAAGCCCUGCUCUAACACACAGCACUGCACAGAGUGACAGCACAUCCUACAUAAACGCUGUUGGGAAUAAUAACACUAACGGGACAAUGUUACCUCCGCAGCAGUUGGGAUCUGGCCCUUGCGGUUCUUGUGGACGUAGGUGUAGCUGUGGGACCAAUGGCAGCCUUCAGAUUAAUAGCUAUUUUUAUCAUAACCCACUUCAUGGACAAGUCUACAGAGUUCCAUCUUUCUUCACUCUGCCAUCACUUUGCAAUGGCAGCUACCUCAAUCAAGCACAUCAAAGCAAUGGAACACAACUUCCGUUCUUCCUGCCUCAGUCUCCGUAUGCAAACGGGCUUAUGCAUGACCCAGUGAUGGGAAGCCAAGCCAACUAUGGUAUGCAGCAGAUGGCAGGAUUUGGGAGGUUCUAUCCUGUAUAUCCAGCACCUAACGUAGUUGCCAACACGAAUGGGUCGGGACCCAAGAAGAAUGGGAACGUUUCAUGUUACAAUUGUGGUGUAAGUGGACACUAUGCGCAGGACUGUAAGCAGUCAUCCAUGGAGGCCAGUCAACAAGGCACUUACAGACUGAGAUACGCACCUCCCCCUCCCCCUUCCAAUGAUACCUUGGAUUCUGCAGACUGAAACAAGUAAACAUUGCCUACUUAAAGUGAAGCUUGGGAAAUUGGGGGAAGGUGUGUGUGGGAGGGGGAGGUUGGUCUUGUGUUUUGGGACAUUCCCGGUUUUAUAUUCUUUUGGAAUUUUUCAUUGCUUUUGCACCUCUGUUCCGUACAAAAGAAGAAGGCUGAGUCCCUGGUCUCCUCCUGGUUCUACAAGAGGCUUGCGUAAUGCAUGUAAUUCACACACACAGCCAAACAAUCAGACAGAGCAUUCAAACCAUGCUUUUGCACUGAAGACUUGAGACAUGUGCAAUGUUUACUGCAGUUUAAAAUAAAAAUUCCUCUGACCUCUGACAUCACUGGUGGAGCAGUCACAUGGUGAAAGAAGAAACUUGGUCAUGUUCCCCACCACAAUCUUCUUCCCUCCCUCCCUGUUCUCCUUAUGCUGCUGUUUUCUUUACUUCCCCUGGUUGUCCACGUGGAUUCGUUGGACUUGCAUGAGUGUUUAGCAGUUCAUACAGACCCUGCCCGUACUCUAAAUUUAAUGCUCAUGAAUUGAGGGGAGAUGUUCAAACAUCCUAUUAGCAGAGUCCAAAGGAAAACACGACAGUGUAUGUAUGUGUACUAUACCUGAUAAUAAUACAGAUACGCAGCUCUCGAGGGGCCCAAACAAAUGAAAAUACAUAGAGCAGGAAGGGGCUGAAACUGUGUGGACUGGAACAGAUUUAUAACAAUGAACAAGCUUAAAUUGACAGAUUUUUCUUCCCUUGUAGCUUUUUAGCCUGUAUGUUCAGCAACAAAGGUGAAAAAAAUGGUAUGAAUGUUGUACUCAGUGUGUUUGCAUUUGUAAUGAAAGUUGACAGCAUUUUUUCCUUUUUUAAAGCUAUUCUACAUCGUGUCAACACAGAAUGAACAUUACUUGAUUGAAUAUUUUUUUCCUAAACUAUUACAGUGUUGCAUUGUACUUAGAAUGUAAAUGUUUUAUUUCAAACUGAACAAAAGCUAUGGUUUUCUACAAAAUAGUCAGGUAUUAGUAUUAGAACCUGUCUACCAAAUAGGAAAGUCACUAUUUUAUAACAAUUUACCACUAUGCGUAAUUACGGUAUAAUGUGAAAGACUGAAAUGAGUGUUAAGAUGGUAUUAAACAUGUCAGUAUCAUGAGUAAGUAAGUUUAAUGCUGCUGUAUUUUUUAUUUUAUUUUUAAAAGCCAAUAUAUGUACUAAAUUGCUUCCAGGUAAUAUUUGAUUUCCUAAAGUGCACUGAGGUUAUCUGGAAGACGAGUGUGUUUUUUGACUGCUGCAUUCAACACCGAUGAACAACUACCACUGUAUAUCCAUAAGGUUUGGCAUUCCUCACAGUUCAUGGCAGAAGUGUUUUUUCUUAAAAUCAGACCCAGUGUCCGGUAGAGGGAUGAAAUAAAAAUCAAUCUUUGGUUCAGCUGUCUAAUAAAUUGCUAAACAAACAAAAAACUUGAAGAAAAAAAAAAAAGCUUGAUUACUACAUUUCUUCAUAGAUAGCAUUUAUAUUUAUAGCACCAGUGUACAUUUUGAAACUUUUUUCUUGGAGGGGGGGGGGAAGGGAGGGAGGUAGAUGAAAGCUUUAAUUUAAAAAAAAAAAAAAGUUUAAGUAGUAAAAGAAAAUUAUUUUGAUUAAAAUUUUUAUUUGAUCUGGGUAUUUUUGGACCACUUGAAAUGACUGAACUGCGUUUGAGUUGAAGUGAGGGUGUUAAACCACCAAUGGACUUGUAUUGUGAAUUACCUGCCAGUUGUACUUUAUGGAACUUAUUUUAUGAUUUAAAAUACUGUACUGUAAAUAGGAGGUAUGUUACCUUCUCUUUAUUUGUAUGUUUACCAUAUACUUUGAUAUUUGAAAUGUACUGGAAAGGUCACUUAUAUUUCUAGAAGAGAUUGGAUUUUAUGCAACCUUUUUCCUUGAAUUAACAGCAAUAAAAAAAAAGAAAAAAAGUA